AUGACCACGACACACAAAAAUUUUAGAAAAGUGCGAAUACUCAACGAAAUAUCAUCGUAUGGCGAUAUAAUCACCGAGAAAAGAGACAACAAUUUAUACAUCACCACAUUUACUGCAACAUCGUACACUACGUUUGAUAUCAAACACCUGAACACGGUGUUUGUGGGCCCAUUAUUCACACACAUUUCGUGCUAUGACAAGUACUUGAAUCGGUUGGUGGUGUGUACUGAUAACAAUAUUUGUGUGUGUGACCGCGGGAGUGUUGAGAGUAGCGUUGGUUAUGGGGAUCUGUGCGUACAAUGUGUGCGAAUGGUGGUGUGUUUUGAGGAAUGUGCGGUGAUAUUGACGGAUAAAAGCGAAGUAAUCACGGUAGGAUAUGAUCUGAGCAUCAGAAAUAGGAUUGUAAUGGAGGGUGCAUACCUGGUGCGAAGAGUGGGUGUGAGGAACAAAUUGGUGGUAGUAUGCAGGGAUAGAAUAGUGCUGUACCGUAUUGAUAGCGGACAGGAGGUGUGUGUGUAUAAUGUGCAGCACAAGAUAACGAGCAUGUUCGUGAGCGGUUACACGUCCUUGAUUGGUACGAAGACAGGUCUUGUCGCAUUGCUAUGUCUUAAAACAGGCGAAUUUAUUCAUGUGGUGCAAUUCGAUGUGCCGAUAUGGGACGUGUCGGCGAAUCUUACUGAUGGAUUAGUGAGCGUGUGUGAUGUAAAGAGAGUCUUGCAUGUAUAUGAUCUAAGGAAUGGUGUGGUGGUCGACAGGAUGGUAGAUGUGUGCAGAGUGGCAUAUUUAGAUGGAUACUGGGUGGUAACGCGGAUUAAUAAUGGAAAAUAUCGGAAAGGCUGUGUAGAAGGAAAUAAUCAGGUGAUAUCGACAGAUCGCGAUCCUGGGACGGAAGUUCAUGGCCAGGCAGUUGCAAAGAAUCGCAAUUCGGUAACAGAAAUUGCGAACAAAGCCGAUGAAAAGACUUUUUCAGUAAACGGUGAGAAGGGACGGAUCGGGAAGGAAUACAUCGAAAAUGAUCAUCAAAGUUCUAGUAGAGACACAAUGGAGGAUCUAAAAGCAAGAAAUAUAUCGAUAACGGGUACUUGUUCCGAUGAAUCCCCGGUUGUGGCGGAGAUAAGACGGUCUACUGAUUUAUCUAAAAUUGAUUUGGAGCUUUACAGACUGGAGAAUUACAAAUUAACGUUAAAGAAAUGCAGAAGAACCUUUGGUGAAAAAAUAAUUGGUAUAGGCAACCACACAAGACGGAAUCUGGUGUUGAUUGGUGAUAGAAGUGCAUUUAAUUUAGGAUAUUUCAGGGACGAGCAGUCAUUUAAAUUCAAGAUGCUCAAUAUGACAAGUGGUUGGACGGCAAAGAAUAAAAUACGAUACUACGACAUAAAGGAUCGGAUCGUGGUGGGCGCAGAGUUCAGUAUAAGCGAACUUGAUCAUACCAACAAAAGAGAUGUAAGCGUUUUUAAAACGUAUAACGAGCGAAUAGCGUGCAUGGCACUUUCCGAGUGCAGUAAUUUUGUUAUAUUCUCGUUGGGAAGCGUUGCAAUCUGUAUGAACCUGAAGAGCGCACUAAUAUACAAACGAAUUUGCUUAGAGAACGUAGUAGGUGUAGCUAUGACCCUGCUCAGAGAUAGAAUACUGCUUUACGAUGACAAAACAGUGCAUUUUUAUAGGAUCAAUGGACAGAAACUAAGUGAAAUGGUGGUAGAUGGCAUCAAUUUUAUGAAAAUGAUGCUGGUAGAGAACAUGCUGGUCAUGAUAUAUGCGAAGCAGGUGGUAUUUAUUGAUAUUGACAGACAUUCGAUAGUCAAUGAGAUUACAUUCAAGAAUGAAAUAAAGGACGUGACCGUUUCUAAUGAUUUUAGGAAGUUGGGGGUCGUCUUUGAAAACUACGCGGCAGUGUACGAAUUGGGCAGUAAUACACUGAUAGACACUUUCACAGGAGAGCAUGAUAAGAUAUUGUUCUCUUUACACAACGAAUUUGUAGUUCUCACGAAUUAUAGUACGGUCGAAUUGUAUGCCGAUGAAAACUGGUUCUACAACAACAGAGAAGUGAAUGAAGUAUUCGAAAGUACAACAAACCACAGUACGGGAGUUGAUAACGAGUUGAUUGCAGAAAAGAAAAAUGAGUUGAUGGUUGAGUUGCUGAGUUAUCUUGAAUUUGAAAGGAGGAAGAAUUAACGGCACUGUUGCAGCUGUAGCUUUUAUGGUAUUAAAUUACAUCCAUGAGUGACGGGUGAUAAUAAAGUAUGAAAUUUUAUUUUGUCGGUUUGAUUUGUUU